UUCAGCGCGCGCAGACAACGCCGGCGUCGCAGACCGUACACGCGCGGAGAACACGUUUCAGUGUCAUCCCGUGAAGGAAAGGAGAAGAGUUCGGAGAAGCCCUCAGCACCCCUUUCUAGGCUGUUCGUUUAUUCUAUGCACAAAGAAUAUAAGUCACUAGUACAAUGUAAACGAACACUCUGCCUGUAUCGCUCGAUUGUUUUUUUUUUGUUGUUUUUUUUUAGUACCCAAAAUGUCCUACUUGUUGGAUUACUGUAAUUAAAUACGAUUGGAGAGCGCGCAGCACCUGCGUGAACUAUGUGAAGCUAUUAGAUAUUACGUGACACACCACUGGACACAGCAUUCCCCCUCAGAGGCAGACAUGAAGUCUGUUCUGGAUGGUGUGGCAGACACCACCUUCAAGACAAUCACCUCUGGGCUCCAGUACCUGGGUUCCAAUGAUGCCAGCUAUGAUGACCCGGCCAUCAACGCUGACUUCAUCAAGGGUGGCUACCCAUUCCAGAAGCCACUGUCCGCCUUCCGCGGCAACUCGUUCCCGGACAAGGUCGGUCCGGACGAGGAGCUCAUUCUCAGGAGCCUCCCGUUCUUUCCCACCAAUGGCACGGACGUGUUCGGAAACCGGAGCCUAGCUGAGGAGGCUGGUGACAACAUGAAGUGUGGUGAGAACUUCAUGGACAUGGAGUGCUUCAUGAUUCUGACGCCCGGCCAGCAGCUGGCCAUCGCGGUCAUGUCCCUGACGCUGGGCACCUUCACGGUGCUGGAGAACCUGGUGGUUCUGUGCGUGAUCCUGCACUCACGUACACUGCGCUGUCGCCCCUCCUACCACUUCAUCGGCAGCCUGGCCAUAGCUGACCUGCUAGGCAGUGUCAUCUUCGUUUACAGCUUCUUAGACUUUCACAUCUUCCACCGUAAGGACAGCCCAAACAUAUUCCUCUUCAAGCUGGGAGGAGUCACAGCAUCCUUCACCGCCUCUGUUGGGAGCCUAUUCCUCACAGCCAUCGACCGGUACAUCUCCAUCCACCGGCCCCUUGCCUACCGGCGCAUUGUGACGCGCACCAAGGCAGUAAUUGCUUUCUCCAUGAUGUGGGUCAUCUCCAUUGUCAUUGCAGUGCUCCCCCUGCUGGGCUGGAACUGCAGGCGCCUGAACUCAGUGUGCUCAGACAUCUUCCCAUUAAUUGAUGAGAACUACCUGAUGUUCUGGAUCGGUGUCACAAGCAUCCUGCUGAUCUUCAUCAUCUACGCAUACAUGUACAUCCUGUGGAAGGCGCACCACCAUGCCGUGCGUAUGCUCAGCCGCACAUCUCAGAAGAGCCUGGUGGUGUACUCCGCUGAUGGCACCAAGGUCCAGACCACCAGGCCUGAGCAGGCACGGAUGGACAUCCGCCUGGCCAAGACACUCGUGCUCAUCCUGGCAGUGCUGGUGAUCUGCUGGGGCCCCCUGCUGGCCAUCAUGGUGUAUGACCUCUUCUGGAAGAUGGACGACGACAUCAAGACGGUGUUUGCAUUCUGCAGCAUGCUCUGCCUACUCAACUCCACAGUGAACCCCAUCAUCUAUGCGCUGCGGAGCAAGGACCUUCGCCGUGCCUUCCUGGCUGCCUGUCAGGGCUGCAGAGGCGGCAGCAGCACGCAGCAGCUGGACAACAGCCUGGAGUCUGACUGCCAGAACCGCAACCUGCACAUCCACGCCAAUCGGGCAACUGAGAGCUGUGUCAAGACCACUGUGAAAAUAGCCAAAGUCACCAUGUCUGUGUCCACUGACACCUCUGCUGAAGCUGUCUGACGAGCCCGGUGGAUGCCCCAACAACCCCCCCACCCACCCCUUGCACACCCCUUCACCCCAAAAUCCCCUCCCCACCCCACCCCCCAUGCGCCCUGGGUGUGGGAUUGAGGAUGGAAUAUCAAAGCCAUGUGCUUAAGCUAACAGCACAUUUUGGUCAGAUUCACCCAUGAUUUGACUUUGUUUAUUGGGUGAGGGAAUCCAGUGUUUGAAAAAAACAGCAAUGCAUGAGAGGUCCAGAAUCAGCAAAAAGGAAGCCGUUCAUUGUUUUCCAUUGGAUGAUGUGCCACUGUUGCAUCUUAGUACUCAAGUGCCAAAACUGUUCUCUGCAGCCAGGGUGCAUCCUUCACAAUCAUGGCAUCUGUACUGUUCUUUGUGCCAUUCUUACCAAUCUUAUCAAGUAACUGAACAUGUGUGGAUGUCCUGAAUGUGCUCAUGAAGGCUUACUAUAUUUUUAUACUUUGACAAAUCAGGUUUUUGAGCGAUCAUAUCUUCUAUCAUGGGGACAAGGGGCUAUUGAUCUUUUUAGUACAAAAAUGUUUAAGCAUGUAUGCUGAUAUGUAAAUAUGUGGUACUAAACUGUACUAUAUAUAUUCCAUGCAGUUGAACUAAAAGACGUGGCAAAUCUCACUGGUUGUGAGAUCAUUUGUCUUGCUCUUCUGUGCAAAUUGUUAGUAAUGGUAGUAAAACAACAGUCAAACACUGAAUAACAAGGGACAUGGCUGUUCAUGCUGUCCUCCAGAAAAAUGUAACAUGAAAAGUGUGAGUAUUGACUUUGAUAUUAACAACCGUAUUGAGUCUUAAUUUAUGUAGUGUUCUGAGUUCUUUUACAAGACUGUAUAGGGUUGGCUUUGGGUCUCCUCACUUCCUUGAGACCAUUUCAGAGAUUUUGUGAAUGAAUUGACUGUUCAAUAGGUUUUGGCUAACCUUUACAGUCCUGGGCUUUGCCAUUUUUAGUGAAUGGUGUGAAAGUCCACUGGAUACAGGUCAGUGGAUGAAGUUAAUAGUGAAUCAUAGUUGAAAAUGUCACUUUGUUCAGGCCAGAAUUAGCCUUUGUGUCUGGUAAACCAACCGAAUGGGUUACCAUGCAUGUAAGGAGAGAACAACAGACAUGGCCUAUAUCCUUGAGUUUCAUUUUUUUUUAAAAAGAGGAAAAAAAACAAAAAACCAUCCCACAACAUCCCAGCACAAGUGUAAAUAUUGCUGUUCAAUAAUUGCAAUAUUAAACUGUAAUGUGGUGUUUUUCUUCUCCUUCCUGUUUUUGGUGUGCUCAUUAAGAGGCCAGCUCCUGUUGCAGCUGUCCAUGUACACAGAGCAUUUCAUGGUCUCUUUGAUAACACGCAUGGGGUGCUGGACAGGAGAGACUGCUUCAUGAUGUAUAAAAGGGCAAUGGCUGCCAGGAGCUGGAGCUACUUCUUGGGGUGAGGAAACUCAAAAGAAUACAAAAUCACCCACUAAAUACUUAAAGUGCUACUGUAUGUUGUUUUGUGUAUUGCAGUACAAAGUGAUAUUGGUCCAGAACUGUUAUAUAUAGCUUUUUUAAAACCUGUUUCAUAAAUGGCUAACAGCAAAACUGUGUUCAUGUUGUACUAAACUUAAAGUUUCUGGUGUGCUGGCUACACCACACUUAAUACAAACAAGAAACAUAUGGAACACAAGUUGAAUUAAAUGCUUAGGCCUGGCUUCAAUGUUGUUGUAAAAUAAGAUGUAAAAAAAAGAAAAAAGAAAAAAAAACAAUUAAAGGCCAGUCUUAAUAUUUCUGACUAGUUCAGUUUCAGUAGUCCAUUAAGAUGACAGAUCUUAGAUGUGUGUGGCAAUAUGUUUGUAGUGUGUAGCUUAAAUGUUUUGUUGCUAUUCUGAAGAAAUAUGACUCCCCACAGCAGGGUUAUCUGGGGUCAAGUUGAAAAUCUGCUGUACUGCUAUAACAGUCAAGACUCUUGAUGGCAAUUCUACACUGAACUGCACAGGAUUUUAACCUACAGAAGGGAUCACUUUCUUUUGCCCUCUUAAGCUUCCAAGAACCAUUAAACAGUUGAGACCGAUUCAUGGGUUGGUGGGUUAAGUAUAGACCAUCAAAUUCCACCAACAGAAGUUGUGGCAGGGCCUCCAGUUUAGUCCAAGGCCUAAACAGAUGCUGGAAACCAAACCUUCCUGCAAGAUUCAGAGCAUAGAAAAGCUUCUGUUCAGAUUGGGAAGGAACCCCAGCACAAGAAACAUCCCAUCCCAGCUGACAGACUCAGUUGUACUUGCUGUUUGGAAUGGAGAUUAACACCAUAAACCCCACCAGUGGCUUGUCUUAAAGCAGCACCAUCAGGUCAUGUGAAAAUAUUAAGGCUGAACUCAACAGCUGCUUAAAUUUCUGUAUUGCAGUGUAGUCUGUUCCAAGCUUUUCAAUAAAGUCACAACUGACCCUCAAA